AUGUCGUCACUAUUAGGCAAAGCAGCAAGCUCCGCGGGCGCCGAUGAAGAGGUAGAGCCUAUGGUACGGUUACUGCUCGAUUGUGGGCCUUUGGCCGAUGCCAUUGAUCAUACUCGGAUUACGGCUUUAACCCAUGCAACUGAGAUGCAGACGCUAGGCGAGAUGAUCACACCUCUUGAGAUGGCAGCUCGUGAGUUCCAGUCAGAUUUGCUGAGGAAUUUUUUGGAUCUGAUGAUUACUCGGAAACUCAAGUUUGAUAACAUUCCGAGUCUGCUUCUCUCAGCUCUGAGCAGCUCGCUAAGUCUAAGGCCGGGCUGGAAUUUAGUGAGCCUGACUCUGAGCGCCCUCAUAAAAGCGGCGGCAGCUAAGAUAGGAAAGCCCAUCCUCGAUCUGAAUAAGUAA